CAAUUGAAAAGCAGAAAAACAAACCGCUUCUGCAGAAAACUUAACAAAUUGUGUCAAUUAGUAAUAAAAAAGUCAAGAAAACAUGACUGAAGAGUGGCAGAGUCAAAACUUCAGGCAAAACAUCAUAACAAAGAUCCAUGACAUUAUACCCCACAAUGGCAUUGAGCCUCAUAAAAACGCCAGCGUUAUGGAGAGUCAUAUCUUUCGUAAGUCUCGCACCAAGGAUGAGUAUUUGGGACUGGUGGCCAAGCUGUUCAUGCACUACAAGGAUAUGUCGCGAAAAUCUCAAGCGCAACAGCAACAACAAAUGCAACAGCAGCAGCAACAACAACCGCAGGCGCCGCCGCAAGGUGCCGAAAUGGGCCAACAAAAUAUGAUGCAGGAUCCAUUGAAUGCGUUGCAGAAUCUCGCUAGCCAAGGCAAUCGUAAUCCGCAGCUUAUGCCUAUGGGUGGUGCAGCUGGUCCCAAUCAAAUGGCUGGCCCAGGUGGCGGACAAGGUGGCGUGCCUGCUUCCAAUCUGCUGCAGACGCUCAAUCAACAGCGUCCGGGACAGCAGCAAAUGCAGCCUAUGCUGAACAUACGUGGACAGCUGCCUAUGGGCGCAGCGGGUGGACAGCAAAUGGUGCAGGUGCAACAAAUGGGCGGCAAUGGUCCCAAUGGUGGUGUACAAAUGAAUGCCAUGGGCCCGGGUGGUGUGCCGAAUCAAGCGCAGCUGGCAGGCAAUGCAGGCGGCGGUGGCAUGCCCAAUCAAAUGGUGGGACCCGGGCCUAAUAGCGGACCUGCGGGUGCGCCUGCAGGCGGUAUGCCCAAUCAAAUGUCUAACAUGGUGCAACUGGGCAUGAAUCCUAUGCUAAGGAAUAUACAAGGCAUGCAAGGCAUUCCGGCCAACAUGCAGCAACAACACAAUGUUGUGGGUGGACCAGGCGGUCAGCAACAAGUCGGCGCGCCGGUUGGCAUGCCGCCCAACGCGCAGGCUCCUGGCAUGAAUCCCAUGGGCGGCAUGAAUGUCAAUAUGCCACCAAAUAUGCAACAAAAGCCGAACAUGGGCAUGGCACAAAAUCCACAAAUGUUUGCAGCCAAUCGUGGCGGCGUAGUGGGUGCACAACAGCAACAGGGGCAGCCCUUUAUGCGCUCGAGUCCUUCACCAGCAGAUGCGCAGCAACUGCAGCAGCAACAACAGUUGCAACAGCAGCUACAACAGCAGCAGCAACAGGUGCAGCAGCAACAACUCGUAGGCAAUCAAACGCCCAUACAGCAGCCAAAUACGCCACAAAUGCCUACGCCACAAAUGAUACCCAGUCCAGCGCUGGUGCCGCAAUCCAGUCCACAAAUGAUGAUGCAGAACUCACAGCGCAGCAUUAGACAACAAUCGCCAAGUGCUUCGAUAAAUACACCUGGUCAGGUGACAGGCAACAGUCCAUUUAAUCCGCAAGAGGAGGCGCUCUAUAGAGAGAAAUACAAGCAGCUGACCAAGUACAUUGAGCCGCUCAAGCGCAUGCUGAGCAAGAUAAGCAAUGAUGGCACCAAUGUGGAUAAAAUGACAAAGAUGAGCAAACUGCUGGAAAUUCUGUGCAAUCCUGCGCAGCGUGUGCAGCUGGACACGCUGCUGAAAUGCGAAAAGGCUUUGGAGAAAAUGGAUUUGCUUUCGUACUCAGGACAACAAUUUGGCAAAUCUUCCAAUCCACUGCUGGAGGUCAUCAAUACGACGCUGCAAAGCAAUGUUGCUAAUCAUACCUUGCAUCGCACCUUUCGUCCCAGCCUAGAGCUGCUGUUUGGCACAGAUAUUUGCGCGCCUGUGCCUGCGAAGAAGCAGCGCAUUGAAAAGAAAUGCUCGCCCUUUGAGCAGGAUGUGCCGCAUGUGCUCCAAGGCGAAAUUGCGCGCCUGGACAGCAAGUUUAAAGUCAAACUGGAUACCACAGCACAGAAUAAUAAUAAAGCCAUCAAGCUUAUUUGUUGUCUGGAUGACAAGCGUCUGCCCAGCGUGCCGCCAGUCAGCGUUAGCAUACCCGAGGAGUAUCCUUGGCAAUCGCCAGACUGUGCGCUCACCGAGCAGGAAUAUACGGCCACGCCUUUUUUGCGAACCGUGCAGCAGGCGCUGAUUGCGCGCAUGUCCAAGCUGCCCAAGAACUAUUCAUUGUCGCAUCUGCUGGACACCUGGGAGAUGGCAGUGAGGCAAGCUUGCUCGCCACAGUCCAAGCCGCGUGCGCUAUGUGAGCUGAGCACACUGCUGGGCGUGUAAAUAGAAUACAAUCAAUUAACUUUAUAAAAUGGAUGGAAGAAGAAGUAUUAGAAAUAAGUCGUUGGCACUUGGCAAGGACAACAACGCGCGCAAUUUUGAGGAAGCAACAAUGAGAGUCAUGAAAAAAAUUGCGACAA